GUAAUUUAAAAAGGAUUGAUUUGACAUCAAAUUUAAUAUCUGAGAUUGAUGAAGAUGCUUUCAGAGAACUUCCCCAGCUUCGGGAACUUGUCCUUCGUGACAACAGAAUCAGACAGCUCCCAGAGUUACCAGCCACUCUGACCUUCAUUGAUAUCAGCAAUAAUAGGCUGGGCCGAAAAGGGAUAAAACAAGAAGCAUUUAAAGAUAUGUAUGAUCUCCAUCAUCUUUACAUUACGGAUAAUAACUUGGACCACAUUCCACUCCCAUUGCCUGCAAACCUCCGAGCUCUCCAUCUCCAGAAUAACAACAUUCUGGAGAUGCACGAAGAUACUUUCUGCAAUGUUAAAAACCUGACCUAUGUACGCAAGGCUCUGGAAGACAUUCGGCUGGAUGGGAACCCCAUCAAUUUGAGUAAAACUCCGCAGGCAUACAUGUGUCUACCUCGCCUGCCAAUUGGGAGCCUGGUCUAA